GAAAAGGUCAACCAUGGGGAGGUUUAUACAAUUGCUUGAAAGAACUUAGAUCAAUAUGCAUACAAUCUGCAAUUUUAUAUCUUGAAAAUGAAAUUGGAGUGCUUUUCAUUCUUCACCUUCUUUUGCUCUUUGAUGUUUUUAUCAGUCAUGGAAUUGUCAUUGGCAGCUGAUAUCAUAAAUCCAGGACAAUCAAUCAGCGAUGGAGAGACAUUAAUUUCUUCAUUUCAAAGCUUUGAGUUAGGCUUCUUUUCUCCAGGUGACUCCAACAAAAGGUACCUAGGGAUAUGGUACAAGAUUAGUCCUAGCACAGUUGUGUGGGUUGCCAACAGAAACAAUCCACUUGAUGAUAAGUAUGGAAAUUUAACUGUGAGCAAUAAAGGAAACCUUGUACUUCUCAACCGAGAUAAGAGCAUUAUCUGGUCUUCAAAUUCAUCAAGGGUGCCAGAACAUCCAGUGGUACAACUCCUAGAUUCUGGAAACGUUGUUCUUAGGGAAAGUACUGACACGAGUUCCAGCAGUUAUAUGUGGCAAAGCUUUGAUUACCCAUCAGACACAUUGUUACCAGGAGUGAAGUUGGGACGGAACUUAAAAACGGGUUUUGAGCGUCAUCUCACAUCAUGGACAAGUGCUAAUGAUCCAUCUUCAGGGGACUUUAGUUUCAGACUUGACAUUUCUGGGUUACCUCAACUGGCUAUUAUGAUGGGGACAAGAAUAGAGACCCGCAGUGGACCAUGGAAUGGUUUCAAGUUUGGUGGCAUUCCCACGAAGGGGAACUCAAUCUUCAUUCCAAGGUUUGUGCAAAACGAAGAGGAGUUGUAUUUCACAUAUGAGACUUUCAACAAUACGGUUAUCACACGAUUACUAAUGAAUCAAUCAGGUAAAGUACAGCGUCUUGUACGGAAUGCAGAAGGUUCUGAAUGGAGUGUCAUGUACUCUUGGCCAUUUGAUGUAUGUGACAAUUAUGCAGAGUGUGGUGCUAAUGGCAACUGCAGAAUUAGUAAGACACCUAUUUGUGAGUGUUUGAAGGGGUUUGUACCGAAACCACAAGAUGAAUGGGAGUCAACUCAGACAAGACAAUGUGUAAAGAAAUUGCCAUCAGAUUGCCAAAGUGGGGAAGGGUUUCUAAAGCUUCCGCGAAUGAAAUUGCCUGACAUAGAUUGGUCCAACAAAAGUAUGAAUCUCAAAGAAUGUAAAGCAGCAUGCACCAAGAACUGUUCAUGCAGAGCUUAUGCGAAUUCCGAACUAACUGGAGGAGGUAUUGGCUGUUUGAUGUGGUUCAAGGACUUGACAGAUAUCAGAGAGUGCUCAAAACAGUUCGACUGGGGACAGGAUAUUUUUAUUCGAGUUCCAGCAUCUGAACUAGAUUUAGAUGAGAAGAAAAGACAGGAAACCAUAAUAGUACUCUCGAUUUUUUCUGGCCUGUUCAUCCUGGUCCUGAUUAUCAUCAUAACUUUGAAGAAAGCAAAGAAAAAAGACGAGGAAAGCAGUAAAGUAGAUAGUGAAGUACCUCUAAUAGAGCUGUCUAUCAUUGUGACAGCUACUAACAAUUUCUCUGAGGAAAACUUAAUUGGAGCUGGUGGCUUUGGCCCUGUUUACAAGGGCAAUCUUCCCACUGGAGAGGAAGUGGCAGUGAAAAGGUUGUCAGAGAAUUCUGUGCACGGAACUGAACAGUUUAGGAAUGAAGCCAUUUUAAUUGCCAAACUUCAACACAAGAAUCUUGUAGCACUUUUGGGAAGCUGUAUUCAAGGAGAAGAAAGGCUGUUGAUAUAUGAGUACAUGCCCAAUAACAGCUUGGAUUAUUUUAUCUAUGAUCUGAAGAAAAGACAAUUAUUGACAUGGGAAAGGCGCUUCAACAUUAUAAAGGGGAUUGCAAGAGGACUUCUUUAUCUCCAUCAAGAUUCUAAGCUUCAAAUCAUUCACAGGGAUUUAAAAGCCAGCAACAUUUUGCUAGACAAUGACCUGAACCCAAAAAUUUCAGACUUUGGAUUGGCAAGAAUCUUUAUGAGUGAUGAUGAAGAAGCAAAAACAAAUAGAGUCAUGGGAACAUUUGGCUAUAUGUGUCCAGAGUACGCAAUGGAAGGGACUUUUUCUGUGAAAUCAGAUGUUUUUAGCUUCGGUGUGUUGCUGCUGGAGAUAGUAAGUGGCCAAAAGAAUAGAGGGUUCUCUCACCCUGCCCACCACCAUAACCUUCUGGGACAUGCAUGGUUACUGUGGAACCAAACCAGGAUCUUGGAACUUAUGGAUUCAUGUUUGGAGGAUUCAUUUGUCAAAUGUCAAGUACUAAGAUGUUUUCAGGUAGGUUUAUUAUGUGUUCAAAAAUCCCCGGAGGACAGACCAGAUAUGUCAUCUGUAGUUUUCAUGCUGGCAAACAAGGGAGCAACUUUACCUCAACCAAGACAGCCUGGUUUCUUCAGUGAAAGAAGCACUGACGAUACAGAACCAGUAUCAAAGAAGAGUGAACCACACACUGAAAAUGCAGUAACCAUAACUAUGAUGGAAGGUAGAUAGAUAAAUAAAGCAAUGUCAAUUAAGGGAAAAGUAACUUGAGGAUGACUGUAUAUAAAAGAUGAUUACUGUUUUAAUCCAUGCAAAGCUUACUUAUUCCUGCAUCUUAACCGUAUUUGCUAAUGCACUGCAACAUCUCAAUUAACUACAAGAAUCCUAGCUAUGUGCAAUCAAUUUGUUCUGCUGUAAAAUAAAUAAACAAACAAAAAAAUUAGUA